AUGUCUUCAGACACAAAACUUGCACUCCCUGCAUUUCUUAAGGUCCUAACAAAUGGGAAUGUCUCAGCGCAGAAGGCAAUGGUUAUCGCAGCCAAAGUCUACAAAACACACAACACGCCUGGAGCACUAGGUUCUCUCACGGACGCCCGGUUGAAGAGUCUAGGCGUUGAUAGUAAGGAAGACAGGAAAGCUGCGCUCGCAGCCUUCAAGAAAGCGGGCUACAUUUCGUCUGGUAAUGGCGCGGCCGCUAAACCUGGUGGGAGUCUUGCACAGACGAGUAAUGCGGGCGCUGGACCGUCGACUUCUAGCAAGGUUCCGAGUACGGCGAGGAAGCGGAAACGGGAUGAUGAUUUGAACGAAUUCCUUCCUGCUGGUCCGUCUAGUGAAGGUGCUGCACUGGGGAGUUUUGAGUUUAAUGAGGUGGUGGAUGAAGAGGUACUUCAAACCAAAUUGGCGGUUGUCAAUCGUGCUCCUGUAAUGUCUCUCUGGGCAACUAUAGUCUCAGAGAGACUUGGAUUCAAGCGGGAAGAAGCGUUGAGUAUUGCUUCUGCAUACACAGAAAUGAACGCCAUUUCGAAAGGCGUUUCACUUGGUAUUUUUGAGCAAAAGAAGGGUAAAGGCAUUGAACUGGAGAAAGGACAGUCACAGCCGUAUGUGGACCUAAUGGGAAGACGACCAUUAUACACGACUCAAUCUGGCGAAUGGCGCGCACUCCUAAAAGGCGAACCUAUCGACCCGGCUUCUGCAUUCUCUUACAUAUCUCGUGCAUUUCGACAGACUUUGCCCUUCGUUGCAGGAGCAAUGCGCAAAUUAGCAGAUUCAUUUCCACCAGCGGAGUUGAAUGAGAAGGGUUUCGGACUGUACGCUGAGUUCCGGCCUGAUGUCGGUGGAUGGGGACAACGUGCUGAGAUACGAUGUUCGAAUGUUUUGGGAUUGCGUAAGGUGCGUGACAAGGCUUCUUCGGACAUGAACGGGAAAAGUGGGGGAAAUGGAGAGAAGAGGUUCGUGGCGUACGAAGCUCCGGGUCAAGAUGACAAUACGGGCGGUACCGAGGAUAAGGAGGAGCCUCCACCGAAGAAGGCAAAAGACAUGACCGUGGAAGAAUACGAAGCUGCUCUGGAUGCAUCUGGCGACUUUGACGACUUGAUCUACCAUGGUGAAUUUUGA